AUGAUACUUUCACAGAGCCUGGAGACUCUUUACAGCAGACUCACUUCCCAUGGAGAUUGUGCAGAAGAUAUAAACACACCAAAGGGAGACAUAGAGAAAGACCUGCUGCGGGUUUUGUCAUAUCAAGCUGAAUCUACUGGCUAUCUCUCUCUCAUCUGUUACAACUUUGGGGUUGACACUUACAGUCAGGGAAAGCAUGAAGAGAGCACAUUUUGGCUAAGCCAAAGUUAUGAUAUAGGCAAGAUGAAUGUGAAGUACUCACCAGGAUCAGAGAUGCAAGCCAAAGUUUUGAGACUUCUUGCAAAGGUUUAUUUGGACUGGGACUGUCAGAAGUACCUGGAGAAAGCUCUUCAUGCUGUGAGCUUGGCUAAUAAGGAGCAUAUGCAGUUGUCAGGCCUGUAUCUGAAGAUUCAAAUCCUAAAUAAAAGCCACAGCCCAGAUGAGGCAAUAAAGUCUGGUGAGCCUGGGCUGUCAGAGCUACUGGACUGUGAGGUUCCUCUGGAAGUGUGCUUGAGCACAGUAAAACUGCUUGUGGAAAAUAACAGGGAGGCUCUGGCCUUUUACUUCCUGAAGAGGGUGUGUCAGCACUUUGAGUCGUCUCCUGAACUGGGCUCCGCUCUGCUCAUGCAUAUAGAACUGCUGCUGCAGCGGGACAAAGAGCUGCUGGCCAAGCAGAAGAUUGAGGAUGCUAUCACAGGACAUUACACUGGAAAACAACUAGCACCUCAGACUCUAUCAUCUCUCCACCUUCUUCUGUGGGAUAGAGCUUCCAAAAACUUUGAAGCCAAGAACUAUUCUGAAGCUCUGGAGUGGUAUAACUACUCACUGAGCUUCUACAGAGCCGGCGAGUUGGAUCAAAACCUUGCUAAACUGCAAAGAAACCGAUCCACCUGUUUCCUGCACCUGAAUCAAUUUGAGAAGGCCAAAGAGGCUGUAGAAAAGUCAGCAAGGAUUGAUCCAAGCAACAUUUUCACACAGUUCAACAUCUACAAGAUCGCUGUACUGGAAAACAAUGCCGAGAAAGCUGCCGCGGCUCUGAGAGAGAUUGGCGCUCUGGCUCAGAAUCCGGUCACCAGUGAGGACAGGCUGCUAGUGACUGAGAACGCUGCUGCAAAUCUCCUCAGCCUGGCCGCACACAUCGCUCUCGAGCAUGAGCAGCAGGAAACAGCCGUCAAAGCCCUAGAGAGUCUGUGUGAACACUCACAAGAUGUUACUCAAAUCCUCACUGCCUUGAGGUGUUUAGUACGACUUGUUCUUACAACAAUGGAAAACAUCAGUGAGGAAAACAGGAAUGCCAACUUGGAUAUCCUCCUGUCUUACCUAAAAACAGCCCUUGAGAAAUUACCACAAAUCAGCCAGAUUCAAGGCCACGGAGCACAGCAGCAUUCAGAAGACGCCAACUGGUUCAGGAGGAUCGGGUGGAACUCGGCCCUGCAGUGUGAGCACAGUCCUGUGAGGAUGAGGGAUUUCUUUCUUCUCUCCUUCCAGCUGUCGCAGCUGUGCACCCCAGACCGAGGUAUGUUGAUGGGGCAGAAGACGUGUCUGCUGAUGGCUGCUGCUGCGUCUCUGGAGAUCUGCAGGAGCUCUGAUCACACUGAGCAACAGACUGAGCUCCUGACCCAGACUCUAGAGCACAUUCAGCUCUGUAAAGAGAUCUGGACGACCAUCAAAGCAUCAGGCACUUCCUCUAAAGACAAAACAGACACAUUAUUGCUGCUCUAUGAGUUUGAAGCCCGGGCCAAAUUAAAUGAUCCAAAGCUUGAAUCAGUGCUCGAAUCAGUUUUGGAACUGGAUUACAUUGAGACCAAGCUGCUAGAAAUGAUCGCAGUCCUGGCGAUGGAACCACCGGCCCAUUUCCCUGUUCUGUGUAAGAAAGCACUGAGGAUCACCUUGUCUCUGCACAGAAAACAGCCACAGGUCGACCUCACGCGCUGCAGUAACUGUUUACACAGCCUGAUUCAGCUGACGCUGCCGAGCGGCGUGUCUGAGGUGCAGCCCUGCGUGCUGGAGGAAGUGUGGGGCUACUAUGAGGAAGCUCUUUCCACCAUAGCAACCCCCGAGGACUUUCCGGAACUGGAGAUCCUGUGGCUGCUGACCCGAGCGUGGAAUACAGGAAUCCUGCUCUACAGUCUGACCCAGUAUCCCGAGGCCGAGCGGUGGUGCGGGCUGGGAAUGAGCUUCCUGAAGCACCUGGGCUCCCUGCAGGACAGCUAUCAUUCUCAGAUGGCGGGUCUGUACAGUGAGGUGUUGGAUAGGCUGGAUAAAGCAAAGAAGAAUCUCAUUAUUGAGGAGUGAAUGACGGCGUCUUCACAGAUGGAGAUCUCAGGUCUAA